CUCGGUAGCGGCCGCCGCGGGCUGGCCGGCGGGCCAUGGAGGCGGAUGGGGCCGGCGAGCAGAUGAGACCGCUACUCACCCGGGGUCCUGAUGAAGAAGCUGUUGUGGAUCUUGGCAAAACCAGUUCAACUGUGAACACAAAGUUUGAAAAAGAAGAACUAGAAAGUCAUCGAGCUGUCUAUAUUGGCGUUCACGUCCCAUUUAGUAAAGAGAGUCGUCGGCGUCAUAGGCAUCGUGGACACAAACAUCACCACCGAAGAAGAAAAGAUAAAGAAUCAGAUAAAGAAGAUGGACGGGAGUCUCCUUCUUAUGACACACCAUCCCAAAGAGUUCAGUUCAUUCUUGGUACUGAAGAUGAUGACGAAGAGCACAUUCCGCAUGAUCUCUUUACGGAAAUGGAUGAACUGUGUUACAGAGAUGGUGAAGAGUAUGAAUGGAAAGAAACUGCCAGAUGGCUGAAAUUUGAAGAGGAUGUUGAAGAUGGUGGUGACCGAUGGAGUAAACCUUAUGUGGCAACUCUUUCUUUGCACAGUCUUUUUGAACUAAGAAGUUGCAUCCUAAAUGGAACAGUGAUGCUGGACAUGAGAGCAAGCACUCUAGAUGAAAUAGCAGAUAUGGUAUUGGAUAACAUGAUAGCCUCUGGCCAGUUGGAUGAGUCCAUAAGAGAGAACGUCAGAGAAGCUCUUCUGAAGAGACAUCAUCAUCAGAAUGAGAAAAGAUUCACCAGUCGCAUUCCCCUUGUUCGAUCUUUUGCAGAUAUAGGCAAGAAACAUUCUGACCCUCACUUGCUUGAAAGGAAUGGGGAAGGCCUUUCAGCCUCCCGCCACUCUUUGCGAACAGGUCUGUCUGCCUCAAACCUUUCAUUGAGAGGAGAAUCGCCUUUAUCUCUUCUUCUCAGUCAUCUUCUUCCUUCUUCAAGAGCUGGAAGCCCUGCAGGCUCAAGGUGUACAACCCCAGUACCCACCCCUCAAAACAGCCCUCCUUCCAGCCCUAGCGUCAGUCGCCUGACCUCCAGAAGUUCCCAGCAGAGUCAGCUUCAGGCCCCAGAACUACUGGUUUCACCUGCCAGUGAUGAUAUUCCCACAGUAGUAAUUCAUCCGCCUGAGGAAGACUUAGAAGCACUGAGAGGCCAGGAGCAGAAGAAGGAGGAAAAUGUUGACAUGACUCCAGGUAUUUUGGCCUCUCCACAAUCUGCACCUGGAAACCUGGACAAUAGUAAAAGUGGAGAAAUUAAAGGUAAUGGAGGUGGAGGAAGCAGAGAAAAUAGUACUGUUGACUUCAGCAAGGUUGAUAUGAAUUUCAUGAGAAAAAUUCCUUCGGGAGCUGAGGCAUCCAAUGUUCUGGUGGGAGAAGUAGACUUUUUGGAAAGACCUAUAAUUGCAUUUGUGAGACUGGCUCCUGCUGUUCUCCUCUCAGGGUUGACUGAAGUCCCUGUUCCUACGAGAUUUUUGUUUCUGUUACUGGGUCCCGCAGGCAAGGCACCACAGUACCAUGAAAUUGGAAGAUCAAUAGCCACUCUCAUGACAGAUGAGAUUUUUCAUGAUGUAGCCUAUAAGGCAAAAGACAGAAAUGACCUCUUAUCUGGAAUUGAUGAAUUUUUAGAUCAAGUAACUGUCCUACCUCCAGGAGAGUGGGAUCCUUCAAUACGCAUAGAGCCACCAAAAAGUGUUCCUUCUCAGGAAAAGAGAAAGAUUCCUGUAUUUCCCAAUGGAUCUGCCCCCAGCUCAGGUGAUACUCCUAAAGAGGCCGACCACCAUGCUGGGCCUGAGCUACAGAGGACUGGACGGCUUUUUGGUGGUUUGAUACUUGACAUCAAAAGGAAAACACCUUUUUUCUUGAGUGACUUCAAGGAUGCAUUAAGUCUACAGUGCCUGGCCUCGAUUCUUUUCCUAUACUGUGCCUGUAUGUCUCCUGUAAUCACUUUUGGAGGGCUGCUUGGAGAAGCUACAGAAGGCAGAAUAAGUGCAAUAGAGUCUCUUUUUGGAGCAUCAUUAACUGGGAUUGCCUAUUCGUUGUUUGCUGGGCAACCUCUAACAAUAUUGGGGAGCACAGGUCCAGUUUUAGUGUUUGAAAAAAUUUUAUUUAAAUUCUGCAGAGAUUAUCAGCUUUCCUAUCUGUCGUUAAGAACCAGUAUUGGUCUGUGGACUUCUUUCUUGUGCAUUGUUUUGGUUGCAACAGAUGCGAGCAGCCUUGUGUGUUAUAUUACUCGAUUCACAGAGGAGGCUUUUGCGGCUCUAAUUUGCAUCAUAUUCAUCUAUGAGGCUUUGGAGAAGCUCUUUCAUUUAGGAGAAAUAUAUGCAUUUAAUAUGCACAACAAUUUAGAUGAACUGACCCACUACUCAUGUGUAUGUGUUGAACCUCCUAAACCUAGCAAUGAAACUCUAAAAAUAUGGAAGGAAAAGAAUUUAACAGCAGAUGAUAUUUUCUGGGGGAAUCUCACUGUUUCUGAAUGUAGAACCUUUCAUGGUGUAUUUGUAGGAUCAGCUUGUAGUCUUCAUGGCCCUUAUAUUCCAGAUGUGCUCUUUUGGUGUGUCAUCUUAUUUUUCACAACGUUUUUUCUGUCUUCAUUCCUCAAGCAGUUUAAGACCAAGCGGUAUUUUCCUACUAAGGUGCGAUCGACAAUCAGUGACUUUGCUGUAUUUCUCACAAUAGUAAUAAUGGUUGCAAUUGACUACCUUGUAGGAGUUCCAUCUCCUAAACUUCAUGUUCCUGAAAAAUUCGAGCCCACUGAUCCAAGUAGGGGCUGGAUCAUAAGCCCAUUGGGAGAGAACCCGUGGUGGACUUUAUUAAUAGCUGCCAUUCCAGCUCUGCUUUGUACCAUUCUCAUCUUUAUGGACCAGCAAAUUACGGCUGUAAUCAUAAACAGAAAGGAGCACAAAUUGAAGAAGGGAGCUGGCUAUCACCUUGAUUUGCUCAUGGUUGGUGUUAUGUUGGGAGUUUGCUCUAUCAUGGGACUUCCAUGGUUUGUGGCUGCAACAGUGUUGUCAAUAAGUCAUGUCAACAGCUUGAAAGUUGAAUCUGAAUGUUCUGCUCCCGGGGAGCAACCCAAGUUUUUGGGAAUUCGUGAACAGCGAGUUACAGGGCUCAUGAUUUUUAUUCUGAUGGGCCUGUCUGUGUUCAUGACUUCAGUACUAAAGUUUAUUCCAAUGCCUGUCCUGUAUGGUGUUUUCCUUUAUAUGGGAGUUUCCUCAUUAAAAGGAAUCCAGUUUUUUGACCGUAUAAAAUUAUUUGGAAUGCCUGCUAAGCAUCAGCCCGAUCUGAUAUAUCUUCGUUACGUGCCUCUCUGGAAAGUCCAUAUUUUCACAGUCAUUCAGCUCACUUGUCUGGUUCUUUUGUGGGUGAUAAAAGCUUCAGCUGCUGCGGUAGUUUUUCCCAUGAUGGUUCUUGCAUUAGUCUUUGUACGCAAACUCAUGGAUCUGUGUUUCACAAAGAGAGAACUUAGUUGGCUUGAUGAUCUCAUGCCAGAAAGUAAGAAAAAGAAAGAAGAUGACAAAAAGAAAAAAGAGAAAGAGGAAGCUGAACGAAUGCUUCAAGUUGAUGAUGACACCGUGCACCUUCCAUUUGAAGGGGGAAGUCUCUUACAGAUUCCAGUUAAGGCCCUAAAAUAUAGUGUUGAUCCCUCAGUUGUUAACAUAUCAGAUGAAAUGGCCAAAACUGCACAGUGGAAGGCACUUUCCAUGAAUACUGAGAAUACCAAAGUAACCAGAUCUAGCACGAGCCCUGAAAAACCUGUGAGUGUGAAAAUAAAUCUUGAAGACGAACCAACAAAGAAAUACAUGGAUGCUGAAACUUCGUUAUAGUAUUGAACCAAGAGGAAUUAUAUAUAUAGCUAUACAGAUAUAUAUUUUAUUUAUAUAUAUA